AUGGAGCCCUUUCGCGUUCGUCUCAACUGCAUCGACCACUAUCAAGCGACGGCCUCGGAAUUGGAUCCUCCUUUGCCCUUUCGGGAUGGAGCCACAGAGAAUGAUUUCAGGCCAAAGGUGCCAGUGAUUCGAGUAUUUGGUGCAACUGAGACCGGCCAGAAAAUCAGUGUGCAUGUGCAUGGUGCAUUUCCUUACCUGUACAUCGAGUACAAUGGGUCAUUGGAAACUGAUGCAGUGAAUUCUGCGAUUCGGACCUUACAUCUCUCAAUCGAUCACGCUUUGGCAGUAAGCUACCGUCGCAAUGCCCACGACAAAAAAUUUGCAUAUGUCGCUCAUAUUACACUUGUAAAAGGAAUCCCAUUCUACGGUUAUCACGUUGGAUACCGGACCUUCUUCAAGAUUUACCUACUCAAUCCAUUCUACAUGACCCGUUUAGCGGAUCUGCUGCACCAGGGUGCUGUGAUGAAACGGCCUCUUCAGCCAUAUGAGAGCCACCUGCAAUACAUUCCGCAAUGGAUGUGUGACUACAACUUGUAUGGAUGUGGAUACAUGAAUUGCAGAAAUGUCAAAUUCAGGGCUCCAGUUCCGGACUACCUGGAGCUAAGCAAUCUCAACCAUCGAUGGCAUGACCGCUCCAUCGAACCAGAAAGCAUUAUCGAUGACCCUGCCCUGCAGAAACAAAGUCAUUGCGCUUUAGAGGUCGACAUCUGCGUUCAAGACAUCCUCAAUCGAGCUGAGAUCAAGGAGCGUCACUUGCAUCACGAUUUCACCGAACUAUUGAGACCGGCAGCGCUGAGCGAACGUCUGGUUCCAAGUGUUGCUGGACUCUGGCAAGAUGAGACCGAGAGACGCAAGAAGCGUAUGGGGAUCAAAGACCCUAAAAGCACGCCCUUCGGCCCUGAGGAUCUGAUUUCUAUGUCUGCCGACCCUCGGAAUCAAUCCAAGGGAGGCUGGGUCCACGAGGAAGAAUUCCGUCAAUUGGCGCUCAAGAUUGCCGACGACGAAAGAGCCGAUGAUAAUGGAAGGGAUACCUCUUUUGAGACAUUUCUUGGUCCUGACGCGGACAAAGGCGAUAUCAAGACGGCUUUGAGCAGCGUGCAAGACUUCUAUCCUGAUAGGAUUGUCAAUUCGAGUAUGCGCCCACCGCAUGUCACCUCUUACGGAACUGGGCACCCUUCCGCCCAUAUCUCGGUCGACGAAAAUCUUGCAUCUCAAAUAAGCGAGGAUUCUGCCUCAGAUGGGCAGCUCUCUGAAAAUUCAAUGAACAGUGGUGGUAUAAGUAAGGGCCUACGGCAAUCAGGGCAAGACACACCGGGCGUUGAUCCUGGGGAGAGCUUUUACGAAGGUGUAUUUGACGAGGUUCCGCAAUUUGACAAUGCGGAGGUUCAAGAAGAUACAAAUAUUGGAUACUCGGUUUCCGAGCCCGGCCAGUUAGGACACAAGACCAAAUGUUCUCCCGGCAAUGCAAACUCAGAUUGCAGGCAAGCGCGAGGGGAGUGCUUGGCCAAUUUGAAAAGGUCAUGCACAGAGCUCAGCGGCGAUGCCAGUCUGAAGAAGAAGCCAAGGUUCUGGAUCAAUGCAGGCGGCCGAGGCGCCGAGGAGAAUCUCACAUCCAGCAACUGUCAUGUCCAAACUCUUAGCCAUCCCAGUCAACCUGAAAUAGGCAUGGAACCUGCAGCGUAUUCUUCCACGUCGUCUUCUCAGCGAACAAUACGUCCUCCAAAGGCAAUGCCCCUCGUUCACAACAGCAGAUUGAACUUUCCAGUCGUGAAGGACCCAAAUGACCCAAUGACAAUCUUACGCUUUAGCCAAGAUGAUGGGUCGCAUCUUUUGAAAAAAGCCACCAGUUCCCAGGGUCCGCAAUCAUCACAACCUUUGGGCUCAGUGAAUAGUGCAAAUCAAGGCGUUGGAAGCGAAGAUUCUUCAUUGCAUCUCAGUGCCCCCUCGAGCGCGCGCAAAGACGUUCAACUGCUCGAUCCGCACGUCUUAGAGUUGGCGUCGUCUGUUUACGGUGCCUUUGGAUUUCGGCGAGACUCAAUCCUGUAUCUGCCCAAGCUUGCCGGUCCAAGCUCUAAUGAUGUAUCAACAACCAUUGGAUACUCGGGUCGUCCAUCAGUGAUCUACCAGCAGGCAUUUUACGGUGACGAGAGCGACGUACCUGAGAAGCCCAGGCAGUAUGCGGGUCGAGAAUUUCGCUUGGGGAGCGACACUAUCCACUUUCUACCAGACUUUGAUGUUUCGGGGAACACCCUCGCUUUUGGCGAGCAACAAGCCUGCGCACUUCUUGAUCGAGAAAAGCAGGAAAGUCUUGAUCGCAAUCUCCGAGAAACGUGCACUGCGAGAGUAUGGGAAUUCGCCGGCGCGCCGCCAAGUCGAGCUGAGGUGGUUGAGUGGUUCAACCAAAUGGAGGCAUCUAUAUGCUCCGCCAAAGCGAGGACCAGCACGCCUAUGAAACCUAAUUCUGGUUCUAUCAAGACCAUGGAAGCGCUGUCACAGAUCGAGGGCCCCACUCAGCAAAACCCCUUCGGCUUCAAGUACUCACAAAAGGCUCAGAAGACGAGCGUGGAGCAUCAAUCUCAGUACAUGAGCAUUAUGAGUUUGGAAGUCCACGUAAACACUCGAGGAAAACUGUCGCCCAAUCCCGACGAAGAUGAAAUCUCGUGUGUCUUCUGGGGCUUGCAGUCAGAAGAUGAGGAUAUCGAAGCCAACAGUUAUCUCCCGAAUGUCCAUGUGGGAAUGAUUCAUCAAGGUGAAGAAGACAGGUCUGAAGUCAAAUUUUCCAAGGCGCUGAAUAUCGAGGUUGAGCAUGAAACCACCGAGCUUGACCUCAUCAAUCGAUUGAUCGACAUUGUUCGCCACCAUGAUCCUGACAUUAUCACGGGCUACGAAGUCCACAAUGGUUCCUGGGGAUAUGUGAUUGAGCGGGCGCGAAAGAAGUAUGACUUCGACCUCUGUGCGGAGCUAUCGCGAGUCAAAUCGCAAUCGAAAUCAAAGUUCGGCAAAGACGACGACCGGUGGGGAUUCGAGCACGCUUCCUCGGUCCAAAUGACCGGUCGACACAUGAUCAACAUAUGGCGAGCAAUGCGAGGCGAGAUAACGCUACUACAGUAUUCCAUGGAAAAUGUGGUCUUCCAUCUCUUACAGCGCCGCAUCCCGCAUUAUUCAGCGAAAAAUCUAACGGAAUGGUAUACGAGCGGCAAACCUCGCAACAUCCUCAAGGUCAUAGAGUACUUCACGUCACGUGUUCAAUUGAAUCUGGAAAUCAUCGGGGCCAACGAAUUGAUUCCGCGGACGAGCGAACAAGCAAGACUACUUGGUAUCGAUUUCUACUCUGUUUUUGCCCGGGGGUCGCAGUUCAAAGUCGAAUCCUUAAUGUUUCGGAUUGCGAAGCCAGAGAACUUUUUGCUGGUAUCUCCGAGCAGGAAGCAAGUCGGACAACAGAAUGCGCUGGAAUGUUUGCCUCUGGUAAUGGAGCCGCAGAGUGAUUUCUACACGAGUCCCCUUCUGGUUCUUGAUUUCCAGUCAUUGUACCCCAGUGUGAUGAUUGCCUACAAUUAUUGCUACUCAACGUUUCUUGGCCGUGCUGUUCAGUGGCGCGGCAGAGACAAAAUGGGCUUUAUGGACUACAACCGACAACCGCGACUGCUUGAGCUUUUGAAAGACAAGAUCAACAUUGCUCCAAAUGGUAUGAUCUACGCGAAGCAGGAAGUCCGUCAAUCUCUACUUGCGAAAAUGCUUACAGAGAUCCUGGAAACACGUAUCAUGGUUAAGACUGGUAUGAAGGCCGACAAAGACGACAAGAUUUUACAGCGAUUGCUCAACAAUCGACAAUUAGCACUCAAGUUGAUUGCCAAUGUCACAUACGGCUACACGUCUGCUUCGUUCUCCGGGCGGAUGCCGUGCUCGGAGAUUGCGGACAGCAUCGUUCAAUCUGGGCGGGAGACCCUGGAAAAAGCGAUUGCCUUUAUUCAUUCUGUCGAGCGAUGGGGUGCUGAGGUUGUUUACGGAGACACAGACAGUCUUUUCGUUUACCUCAAAGGUCGCACACGUGAUCAAGCUUUUGAUAUCGGCGAGGAAAUUGCACAAGCAGUGACGGACAUGAAUCCGCGACCCAUCAAAUUGAAGUUUGAAAAGGUCUAUCACCCUUGUGUGUUAUUGGCAAAAAAGCGAUACGUCGGUUUCAAAUACGAGCAUCGCAAUCAGACCGAGCCUGAAUUUGAUGCCAAGGGGAUUGAGACUGUGCGACGGGAUGGAACGCCAGCCGAGCAGAAGAUUGAAGAGAAGGCUCUGAAGCUUUUGUUUCGUACGUCUGACCUCAGCCAGGUGAAAUCUUAUUUCCAACGCCAAUGUAGCAAAAUCAUGCAGGGUCGAGUUUCCAUCCAAGAUUUCUGCUUUGCGCGAGAGGUUCGUCUUGGCACAUACAGCGAUCGCGGCACCCUCCCUGCUGGCGCACUACUCAGCACGAAGCGCAUGUUGGAGGAUCCUCGAUUGGAGCCUCAAUACGGCGAGCGUGUGCCAUACGUUGUGGUCACAGGAGCACCUGGGUCGAGACUUAUUGACCGAUGUGUUGCACCGGAGACACUUCUACAUGAUGCACAGCUUGACCUUGAUGCCGAAUAUUACAUCACAAAGAACUUGAUUCCGCCUCUCGAGCGCAUCUUCAACCUCGUGGGAGCCAAUGUACGGCAAUGGUACGAUGAGAUGCCCAAAGUACAAAGAGUCCGGCGUGUUGACGCCACAUCGUCCGCCUCCACUUGCGCUCACGGGGACAGUGUCAUCGCAAAGAAGACUUUGGAAUCUUACAUGCGAUCUUCCUCAUGCAUGGUCUGUCGGGCCAAGCUCAUGGAUGCUGCUGUGCCUUUGUGCUCUGAAUGUUUGCAACAGCCACAGCUAGCUCUUCUGAAUGUCAUGUCCAAGCUCCAAGAAUCUGAAAAGCGAGUGAAAGCAUUGGAAAAGGUAUGCCGAUCUUGCAUGGGUGUAUCACCUGGCGACACAGUUGCUUGCGAUAGUAUGGAUUGCCCUGUCUUUUACUCGCGAACCCGAGCUACCGCAGGAUUGCGACACACGAAGGCCGUCCUGGACCCUGUGAGGCAGUUACUGGAACAGACCGGAGAUGCUGGCUUCAGCUGGUGA